AUGACCUGCAAAAAAAUGACUGCAAUUAGCACUGCUGACUGGCACUGGCCGCGACUCCAGGUCUUCACUGCAACUGCAAGAUGCGACCUGGCCGAACUCUCGAUCGUCAACGCUACUCCGGAGGCUCAGGGGCCUGAUCUCAAGCUCGUCCUCCAUCGCCGUCAUUUGCCUUGCGCUCGUUCAUCCAUCACGUCCGUUACGCUCUGUUGCCAAAACGGCGGUUCGCUGUCACGACUCGAUGUUGCUGUUGCUCGGCCUUGGACUAUAUCAGCCUCUCUUAACCGUCUCAGUCGUCGUGGAGACAGAAAAGCCAUCGCUGAACCAUCCACGUUCAGACGCGUGUCAUUGGAGCCCCCAAACGUGAAAACUUUGGUUCACGUCAUCUCUGCUAAUAAGAGGCCCGGUUCAAUCAGGCUGCGGUCUUUGACUUGCAAACUUCCAGCACCGGCUGCCCGAAGAGGUACGGCGCCCACAACUGGGCAUUGCGUCGCAUGGAAUGUGGCCGCAUUGUAUGGAGAGCUAUCGGCAUUGAGCAAUGCCCCCCGAGUACUGCGACAGCGACUCCAAUACCAAUACACCCACGCGCCCGUUGAACCAACCGCCAAGCGGCAUCCUGUGGAAGAAGUGGGCACUCUUCUCCGCCGCUUCUCGGUCCAGGCUCCAGAAAAUGCAGAGCAUUUGGACCCGGGGUUGAACGGAGCCAAUAUUGGUCGUCAGACGGGGUCUCGGGGGAGGGUCUGCAGCAGGUCACCGGCUUUUCCAUGCACUCGCGGCUCGCCUUGUCAUGCUACUGCUAUGCUACCGUUUUCUUCAGGGAAUCGCCCAUCACACCGCACUUUAGCUGCAGCUCCAAGCCGCGUUGGCAGUUGCACAAGUUUGCACUAA